AUGGGAGGCCACUCGUCGGGCAAUGCGGCCUACGAUGCUGCUCUUCAACGGCGUCAGGCGCUCAUGGGUGCCAGUGGUGCAAGGGCGCUCGUGAAAAACUGGAAGGUCGCUCGUAUCGCUGCAUUUGCUUGCAUUGGAGGAGUCCUCUACGGAUACAACCAGGGCAUGUUCUCCGGUAUUCUAGCCAUGCCAUCUUUUGAGAAACACAUGGACGGAUAUACCAAAAACCCAACACAGAAGGGUUGGCUCACUGCGAUUCUUGAGCUCGGCGCUUGGGUUGGCGCUAUCCUCUCGGGAUUCAUCGCCGAAGUGUGCUCCCGGAAAUACGGCGUCCUCAUCGCGACUGGCGUUUUUAUCAUUGGUGUUGUUGUGCAGGUCACAUCUAUCUCUGGGGGCCACGACUCAAUCCUCGGAGGAAGAUUCAUCACGGGAAUGGGUGUGGGAAGCUUGUCCAUGAUCGUCCCUCUUUACAACUCCGAAUGUGCACCCCCCGAAGUUCGAGGUGCCCUCGUCGCCCUGCAACAGCUUGCAAUCACCUUUGGUAUCAUGAUCUCAUUCUGGAUCGACUAUGGCUGCAACUACAUUGGCGGGACAACAGAAGAAACGCAGUCUGAUGCUGCGUGGCUGGUUCCUAUUUGCUUGCAGCUCGGCCCAGCUGCCAUUCUGUUGAUCGGAAUGAUUUGGAUGCCAUUCUCUCCCCGUUGGCUCAUUCAUCAUGGACGCGAAGAGGAAGCCCGAAAGAUUCUCGCUGACCUCCGCGACCUUCCCGAAAACCACGAGCUGAUCGAGCUGGAAUUCCUCGAGAUCAAGGCGCAGUCCCUAUUUGAGAAGCGUAGUGUUGCUGAGCACUUCCCUCAUCUCCAAGAGCAAACAGCAUGGAACACUUUCAAACUACAGUUUGUGGCUAUGAAGGCGCUCUUCACGACCAAGGCCAUGUUCAAGCGAGUCAUUGUCGCCACUGUGACGAUGUUCUUCCAACAGUGGACUGGAAUUAAUGCAGUUCUAUACUAUGCCCCUCAAAUCUUCGGCCAGCUUGGCCUUAGCCAGACCACAACUUCGCUUCUUGCCACCGGAGUUGUAGGCGUUGUCAUGUUCAUAGCGACGAUCCCGGCUGUCUUGUGGAUCGACCGUGUCGGACGAAAGCCGGUUCUCACGAUUGGUGCCAUCGGCAUGGGUACUUGCCAUCUGAUUAUCGCCGUUAUCCUCGCCAAAAACAUUGAUCGUUUCCACGAGCAACCCGCAGCUGGAUGGGCCGCUGUCUGCAUGGUGUGGCUCUUCGUGGUUCAUUUUGGAUACUCAUGGGGUCCAUGUGCUUGGAUUAUUGUUGCCGAGGUUUGGCCCUUGAGUACUCGACCAUAUGGUGUAUCUCUUGGUGCUUCGAGCAACUGGAUGAACAACUUUAUCGUUGGACAAGUUACCCCCGAUAUGCUUGUUGGCAUCACCUACGGGACAUACAUUCUGUUUGGGCUCUUGACCUAUAUCGGAGCGGCGUUCAUAUGGUUCUUCGUCCCGGAAACCAAGCGUCUGUCGCUCGAGGAGAUGGACCUUGUUUUUGGCUCCGAAGGCACCGCCCAAGCCGACUUCGAGCGUAUGGAGGAGAUCAACCAUGAGAUAGGUUUGACCGCAAUUUUGAACCGUGGCUCCCCCAAUGCAGGCUUCGCGGAGUCGGCCGACUUGGAGAAGGAGAAGCUAUAA